AUGUUGCCUGGGGGGAUGGCAGGUCUGGUGGGCUCACAACCACGGGGCGCAUUUGCUGUCGGGAUCCGGCAGCCUCACGUGCUUCAGCUUGCGGCGGUUGCCCCUCCAACAAAGCGCUUUGGCGAAUCGCCCACUGUUGGAUCUCGAUCAUUUCAGGAUCCAGUGGUAUCUCAAGUGCCACCGGAGUUGGCGGAGGGCUUCCCUGCUGACUUAUCUGCAUUUGCUGUGGCGGGGCCGGAAAUGGUGGAGGGCUUGCAUGCUGACCCGGGGCUGCUUGCUGCUGCGGCGGGGCAAGUGGUUGCGUCGCGGCCGGAAGCGGCGGCGGGCUUGUCGGCUGACCCGGGGCUGGCUGUUGUUGCGGCGGGGCAAGCGGCUGUGGCGCGGCCGGAAAUGGCGGGGGGCUUGCAUGCUGACCCGGGGCUGCUUGCUGCUGCGGCGGGGCAAGUGGUUGUGGCGCGGCCGGAAAUGGCGGAGGGCUUGCCUGCUGCUCGAGGGGCGUGUGCUGCCACUGCGGGCCAAGUGGCCGUGUCGCGGCCGGAAACGGCGGAGGGCUUGCCCGCGGAUCGAGGCGCUCGGGGGGCGGUUGCUGCCACUGCGGGCCAAGUGGCCGUGUCGCGGCCGGAAAUGGCGGAGGGCUUUCCUGCUGAUCGAAGGGUGCGCGAUGCCACUGCGGGCCAAGUGGCCGUGUCGCGGCCGGAAAUGGCGGAGGACUUGCUUGCUGACCCGGGGCUCGUUGUUGCGGUGGGGCAAGUGGCUGUGCCGCGGCCGGAAAUGGCGGGGGGCUUGCCUGCUGAUCGAGGGGUGUGUGCUGCCACUGAGGGCCAAGUGGCCGUGUCACGGCCGGAAAUGGCGGUGGCCGUGCCGCGGCCAGAAAUGGCGGAGGGCUUGCUUGCUGACCCGGGGCUGGCUGUUGUUGUGACGGGGCACGUGGCUGUGGCGCGGCCGGAAAUGGCGGAUGGCUUGCGUGAUGGCCGGGGGGUGCUUGCUGCUGCGGCUGGGCAAGUGGCUGCGGUGCGGCCGGAAACGGCCGAGGGCUUCCCUGCUGGUCGGGGGGCGCUUGCUGCUGCGGCGGGGCAAGCGGUUGUGGCGCGGCCGGAAAUGGCGGAGGGAGUGGCUCCUCAAUAUCGAGGGGGGCUUGCUGCUGCGGCGGGGCAAGUGGCUGUGACGCGGCCGGAAACGGCGGAGGGUUUGCUUGCUGGCCGGGGGGUGCUUGCUGCUGCGACUGGGAAAGCGGUUGUGGCGCGGCCGGAAAUGGUGGAGGGCUUGUUUGUUGGCCCAGGGGCGCAUGCUGCUGUGACUGGGCAAGCGGUUACACCGCGGUCGGACAUGGUGUAG